AUGCCCGCCGCUCCAACAAGUUCGAAGAGCAAGUCCUAUCCCUGCGAGGAGUGCGGGAGGAUCCUGUCUCGACAAGAUCACCUUGAGCGACAUCGGCUGACAGCGCAUUCCAAACGUGGUGCUCUUGAAUCGACCUGUAGAGCCUGCGGCAGGAAGUUUUCCAGAAGGUUGGCUGACGCCGUGGCGACUGUUUUGGUGUGGACUGACACCUCAAGGGACGUGCUCGUGCGGCAUUAUCGCACUAUACACGGAACCAAGUGCGAAUCGCGUCCCAAGGGACGACCAAGGAAAGCCCCAAAACCACCAAUAGCUCAAAGUCCUGAGUACGGUGCGACUCGAUCGCGGAGCCAAUCUCGGGAAGCUGGCACUGCAGCUGAGGACCCUCAAGUCGAUGGGUCAUUUAACCCCCGGAUAGCUGCGCGGUCUACCAGUCCAACCCUUGAUGCGCAAUGGGAUAUGCUCUCGAAGAACACCAUAACCGACGCAUGCGAUCCAAAUGGCGUAGUGGCAGUCUCUGGGGCUAACAGCACUCGCAUGAAUGAUCAGAAUCCCUUUCAAUCCGACCUCAACUUUCUGAACACGCUUGGUGGCACUCAGCCUUUCUCCGGCAACGCCUCACUUCGCUUCGAGGACAUUGACAAUGAUAUUUCGCUUCUUGGCUGGACACUAUCUGAAGAUCCGGCAGCCGUACAUGGGAUGCUGCCGGAGCUAAACAUGCCUGAUUUUCCAAUGCAAGGUUUAGAAGACACCCUUGCAACUUCUACGCACCAGCAGGGCUUACAUGACACCUCCGAAGCUGCUGACAGUUACGUCGAUCCACUCAUAACCGCAGCAACUCUUCCUCUCGAGUCGAGGAAUGCAGAAGUCUCGUUGCCGACAAUGGAAGAUAUAGAGUUAUCGGCUACCUCUGAGCCACGAAAUUCCAACAGAGACUCUCCCACUGAGGGAGCAUUGCGUGCUGAUUGUUCGGAAGCGACCACCCAUACAUGGCCGUAUGAAUACCGUGCGGGCGCAGAAGAAGAAAGAAUAGUCCUCCCUGUUCUGAAUCCAGAAGAUGUCCGGAAGGCCAAAAACUAUCACAGUGGUACGAAUUCAACACCUCAGAGCCACACUCUUUUCAAUACACUAGGCAAAUUAGACGAAGAAAAGCGGGUUGGGAUCGUUCAACUUCUAAGUCUGCCACUCUUGCGAGUGCCUUGGAAGGAGGACAUCGAUUUAGCACACUCUCUUCCCAGCCCCAACGUCCUCGACCACUUUGUCAACUUAUACUUUCUCCAUUUUCAUGAGCUGUGGCCAAUAAUCCAUCAACCGACCUUUAAAAUUUCGGAUGCACCAGCAAUAUUAGUGUUGACCAUGGCAUGCAUUGGUGCGUGCUAUUCGGGGCUUGAGCAGUCCAUUGAAUUCGCAGAUACACUUGGCGAGCUUUGCAGGCGAACCUGUGGGUGGAUGGGGGAGCACGAUCCUCGAAUUCUCCGGUCUCCGCAUUUCGGUAUGGCGCUUCUACUGCAGUAUUUGCACGCCAUGGGAUCGGGCUCGCGGCGCCUUUUCGAGAUGACAGAUGCCUCUCGUUCACGCCUCAUCAGCAUUGGAAGACACAUGAAGUCCACAGUGCGCCAGUCUUCACCUGCCCGCUCAGAAUCGCCUUCACGGACUGCACACCAGAGCUGGCUUGAAUGGGUUGGCCAAGAACAAGUCAAAAGACUAGUUUGGUUUUUGUUUGAAUUCGACUGCCUGUACUCUGCGUUUUCGAAACAAAGCCCAUGCACAAAGCUCGAGGAGCUGCCGCCAGAGUUUCCCUGUGAGCAACUCCAUUGGGAAGCACCAACAGCAAUGGCUUGGGCAGCAUGUCCAUUCCAGGCUGCACCAUGCGGACCGCCAACCAUGCAAACUAUAGUCACUUUCUUGAACAAUUCAUCCCUCUCGACCAUUGGCCAGCUUGAUAACGUCGGUAAACGUUUGCUGAUUCGCUGCUUUGGCCAGGAGCUGCAGGCUUGUCAGGAACAGCUGGACUCGAGCAUAUACAACGGCAUUUGGAAAAACAACGACGGUAGAAACGCCAACCGUGAAGCUCGUGCCAAAUUUUCAUAUGCUAUCGUCUCUGUCUAUGAGUGCAGCUGGGCUGAUCACCCACGUCGAUAUGCUCUUCGCCAUGCUCUCCGCAUCGGUGUAGCUGGACACUAUACCCAUAUGUUUGCGGCGGGUAAAAUCAUCGAUCUGGUCAUCCGUGUCGCACGUAAAAGGGCUUCCAGUAUCGAUGGACCUACGAACUUUAUUGAGACUGUCUGCGCAUCGGGACCUGUCGGCCAAGCUGGAACCUCCGAGGAGACAGCAAUGAUCGCUGCGUUCGGCGCGGAACCGGACACAAUCAGAGAGCUUAUGUGGCACGCGGCCCAAGUGUGCUACCUUCAACGCCGUCACCCUUUCAACUCACCACUGGAGCCCCUAUCGGUAUUUCUGGGCGGAAUUGUGCUCUGGGCAUGUUGUAAAUAUUUCUGUCCGCACCAAAUUUCCAUGCGUAGCGGCCCUUCGAUUCAAUUGGACGAGCCGUCCUUUUGCAGCCCCCAGCACAGCAGCAAAGCCGUCCGCGACUGGAUUAAAGUCGGCGGCAAGACUUAUCUGGAUGGAGUGGGCAGCGUCUGCGAUCCUGGGGCACCAAGUCGGGUUCUCCGCCUCAGCGUGGACCAGACCCGGAGGCUUAGAGUAUGGAAGAUGGCUUCUAACGUGUCGGACAUCUUUGUGAGCCUUUUGCAAGCUGAGGAGCAGGGGUUUACUUAGGACCCAGAACCCAUCACACCGAUAUGAUUCAGUCAUGUUCUUAGCCAGAUGUCACAAAGUUCGUGGUAGUGGAUGAACUGUAGGACAUAUAAAAAACUCUAAUAGCUCACGACGCUCUGUUCUGUGGACAAUUAUGAACUACUGAC